AUGUUGGAACUACAGAGAAUACGAAUGAAGGAUGAAAUCCGAGAAUAUAAAUUCCGGGAGGCCCGACUCCUUCAGGACUAUACUGAACUGGAGGAAGAAAAUAUCACAUUGCAGAAACUGGUGUCCACAUUAAAGCAGAACCAGGUUGAAUACGAAGGCUUAAAGCAUGAGAUUAAGCGAUUUGAGGAGGAAACAGUGCUGCUGAAUAGCCAGCUGGAAGAUGCCAUCCGGUUGAAGGAGAUCGCUGAGCACCAGCUGGAAGAGGCCCUUGAGACCUUAAAAAAUGAAAGGGAGCAAAAGAACAACCUGCGGAAGGAGCUCUCCCAGUACAUCACCCUCAAUGAUAACCAUAUCAGCAUCUCAGUCGAUGGACUCAAGUUUGCUGAGGAUGGGAGUGAACCCAACAAUGACGACAAGAUGAAUGGGCACAUCCAUGGGCCUCUUGUGAAACUGAAUGGAGAUUAUCGGACUCCCACCUUAAGGAAAGGAGAGUCCCUGCACCCUGUCUCUGACUUAUUCAGUGAGCUCAACAUUACAGAAAUACAGAAGCUGAAGCAGCAACUUAUGCAGGUAGAGCGGGAAAAGGCCAUUCUUCUGGCCAACCUUCAGGAGUCACAGACACAGCUGGAACACACCAAGGGGGCGCUGACGGAGCAGCAUGAACGGGUGCAUCGGCUAACAGAGCACGUCAAUGCCAUGAGAGGCCUGCAGAGCAGCAAAGAACUCAAGGACCUGGACGGGGAGAAGGGCCGGGACUCAGGGGAGGAGGCCCAUGACUAUGAGGUGGACAUUAAUGGGUUAGAGAUCCUUGAGUGCAAGUACAGGGUGGCAGUAACUGAGGUGAUAGAUUUGAAAGCUGAAAUUAAGGCCUUAAAGGAGAAAUACAAUAAAUCUGUAGAAAACUAUACUGAUGAGAAGGCCAAGUAUGAGAGUAAGAUCCAAAUGUAUGAUGAGCAGGUGACAAGCCUUGAGAAGACCACCAAAGAGAGUGGUGAGAAGAUGGUGCACAUGGAGAAGGAGUUGCAAAGGAUGACCAGUAUAGCCAACGAAAAUCACAAUACCCUUAAUACAGCUCAGGAUGAGUUAGUGACAUUUAGUGAGGAGCUAGCUCAGCUUUACCACCAUGUUUGUCUGUGUAAUAAUGAAACUCCAAACAGAGUUAUGCUGGACUACUACAGGCAAAGCAGAGUCACCCGCAGUGGCAGUCUGAAAGGGCCCGAUGAUCCCAGGGGACUUUUGUCUCCACGGUUAGCCAGGCGGGGUGUGUCAUCCCCAGUAGAAACAAGGCCCUCAUCUGAACCAGCUUCAAAAGAAAACACAGAGGCCAGCAAAGAACCAAGUCCAACUAAGACUCCCACAGUCUCUCCUGUUAUUACUGCCCCACCGUCAUCUCCAGUACUGGAUACCAGUGACAUCCGCAAAGAGCCAAUGAAUAUCUACAACCUUAAUGCCAUAAUCCGGGACCAAAUCAAGCAUCUGCAGAAAGCUGUGGACCGGUCCUUGCAACUGUCCCGCCAAAGAGCAGCGGCACGGGAGCUGGCCCCCAUGAUCGAUAAAGACAAGGAAGCCUUAAUGGAAGAGAUCCUCAAGCUAAAGUCCCUGCUGAGCACCAAACGAGAGCAGAUUGCCACGUUGAGGGCAGUAUUGAAAGCCAACAAACAGGUAAUCUCACUCAACUGA